AUGUUCACCGAUAAAAAAAAUAUCUCUGGAACAGUUUCCACUGAUUAUUUUAGUUUGGUUGUACGGAGAUGGCGUGAAAAUGACAAAUUUUUUACAAAGAAAACUCAAGAGCCAAUUGAAAAUUUUCGAUUGCAAAUUGUGGUAUCCAAAAAGAAUGUAUCUAAACUAGCAGUAGUAAGAGCUCGUAUUAGAAGGAGGAUUCGGGAAUCAGCAAGAUUUGCUUUACCUAUCGUAGGGAGAAAAAGACAUGAUUAUUUAUUCUUUGCUAAUUUGAAAGCGUAUGAUGCACCCUGGUUACGACUUUGUUCGGUAGUUGAAUCCGCAAUCGGGAAUCCAAGGUUAUAUCGUGAAAAAAGUCAUGCAAGUGGUUUUAGAGGUCGUAGCUAUACUGGUAAUUACGCCUCAAACGAAAAGCAAGAUCUGGAUAAAAACAGUUGA